UGAACGCAACAUCUUCAACUGGCAUCCACGCUGAAGAGCACAGGAGGAGAGCAGCAGCAGCAGUACCGAACAGAAUAAGGGGGAAGUAAUAAUCCACAUCGCUGAAUCAAACAGAGGAACUGUCUUUUAUCUGAACACAGGGAAUCAUUUCACAUCAUGGAGCAGAAACAAACUAUCAACUUUGGCGCUGGACCUGCAAAACUCCCCCAAACCGUGCUGAUUCAAGCACAAAGGGAGCUCCUCAACUAUGGUGGCACUGGCAUCAGUGUUCUUGAAAUGAGCCACAGAUCAUCCGACUUCAAUAAAAUCCUCAACAGAACAGAGAGUCUCAUGAGAGAGCUGCUAAACAUCCCCGAUAACUACAAGGUGAUGUUUCUGCAGGGCGGAGGGUCCGGACAGUUCAGCGCUGUCCCUCUAAACCUGAUUGGUCUGAAAGGUGACAGGUGUGCGGACUACUUGGUGACCGGCACGUGGUCGGCAAAAGCAGCGAAGGAAGCGGAAAAAUACGGCAAAGUCAACAUCGUCCAUCCAAAGCUGGACAGUUACACGAGAAUUCCCGACCCCAGCAGCUGGACCCUGAACCCCUCAGCCUCCUACGUCUACUACUGCUGCAACGAGACGGUUCACGGCGUGGAAUACAACUUCACACCCGAAACAAACGGGGUGAUCCUCGUCAGCGACAUGUCCUCAAACUUCCUGUCCCGACCCGUGGAUGUGUCGAAGUUCGGCCUGAUCUUUGCCGGGGCUCAGAAGAACGUGGGCUGUGCCGGUGUGACAGUGGUCAUCGUUCGAGAGGAUUUGUUAGGCAACGCUCUGAAAGAGUGUCCAAUCGUCAUGGACUACAAGGUGAUGGCUGAAAUGAACUCCCUCUACAACACACCGCCGUGUUUCAGUAUCUACGUCAUGGGUCUAGUUCUGGAGUGGAUUAAGAACAACGGUGGCAGCGCUGCCAUGGAGAGGCUCAACAAGCAGAAGUCCUCCAUGAUUUAUGACAUCAUCAGCGCUUCGAAUGGUUUCUUUGUGUGUCCGGUUGAAGACACUUGUCGUAGUCGGAUGAACGUUCCAUUUCGUGUCGGGAAGAAGGAAGGAGAUGAUGCCCUGGAAAAGCAGUUCCUGGAGGGUGCAGCAAAACGUGGAAUGAUUUCACUGAAGGGACACAGGUCAGUUGGAGGAAUUCGUGCCUCCCUGUACAACGCUGUCACACUGGAGGACACUGAAGCUCUGGCCGCCUACAUGAGAGAGUUUCUCAAGGAGCAUCAAUAAAACAAAGCUCAUUUAAAGUCAGCUGGUUUACACAGUGGCAGGUCAUUGCUACAGAACAGUUCAGAUCUGUGGUGGAUAAAAAUGGUGCAUCUUCUCAAAGGGUGAGAAACUACAAUUAAAGCUAUUUCCAGUAAAAUUCUUAUUAAAUCUGUUUCAUAAACUAAUGUCUUAAUGUAUUUGUUGACUAACAGGGCUUUGUUGUACAUAAUGUAGUCGAUAUUUGUUCUAAAUAUGUUUACAUUCCAGUAAAUCUAACUUCACAAAACUUA